AUGAUUUUACUAUUUAUCAUAUAUAUUAUUUUUGGAUUCAUUCUUAUUAUUGGUGCAUAUGUUUAUAUUAAACUGAUUUAUCCUCAAAAGCGUUUAUAUGAUAGUUUUCGAGCACAAGGUAUUCCUGGUGAACCAUUUAUUCCAAUGGUUGGACAAUUAUUCGACAUGAUGCGUGCUAGUAAACAAAAUAAAGGAGUCGAGUAUUUUCAUGAACUUUCACAAAAAAAUGGCAGUCGAUUUUUAUUUGGCUUUGGUCCUCUAACACGUCUAGUGCUUCUCGAACCGGAAUCAAUAGCUGAUAUAUUAGGUAGAUCAAAAUCUGAAAAUUAUCGAAAACCAUCUCAUUUUCUUAAUAUGGCAAAACCAAUCAUUGGUAUACAUAAUCUUUUAGUCAGUGAAGGUGAAGAACAUGAACGAGCACGAAGAAUGCUUAAUCCAGCUUUUCACUUUGUUAAAUUACAAUCAUUGAUACCAAUUAUGUCAAAUGAAACAAUAAAAGCAAUUACAUCUCUUUUAUCAAUUUCUUCAUUGAAAAAUCAAGUUAAUCUUGAUAUUGAACUUAGUGCAUUGACUCUUUCUAUUAUUGCAUCAAGUGCUUUCGGCCAAAGUUUUGAAACGAUACCUGAUGCUAAAGAAACCAUAUGUGAUGCAUUUAAUGAAGUAAAAGAAGUUAUUACUUAUCGAAUGCUUCAUAUGAUCAGUCAAGUUAAAUUUCUUGGUGAAUUACCAUUUUGGGGCAAAGAUAUUCUUGAUCAUGCUGCAAGAAAAUUGAAUAAAUUUGUUGAUCAAAUUAUAGCUGAUCGUCGAGAUAGAAAAUCAAUAAGUCUUUGUGUAGAUGAAGAUAUUCUUGAUCUUCUCUUAUCGGCUAUCGAUGAUAAAGGUGAAGGAUUUUCUGAUCAACAAAUAAAAGACGAAGCAAUGACAUUUGUAAUUGCUGGUCAUGAGACAACUGGAAAUUUAAUGACAUGGGUUUUAUACAUUUUGAUGACACAUAAUGAUGUUUUACAUGCAUGUCGUGAAGAAAUUGAUCGUGUCUUGCCAAAUGAAACAAUUCCUAGUUUUGAACAUAUGGCUAAUCUUCAAGUAAUUGAAGCUGUUCUCUAUGAAACUCUUCGUCUCUAUCCACCAGCAGCGUUUUUCGUCCGUGAAUGCAUUAAAGAACAUGUUAUUGGUAGUAAUAGUGGAAAAGGUGAAAUUCGUAUUCCUGUUGGUGCUAUGAUCGUGUUUCAUGUAUAUGCUCUUCAUCGUCUCGACGAAUAUUGGCCUCAGGCACUGAAAUUUGAUUAUAAACGAUGGAUACGUGAUCCGGUGACUGGACUUAAACCAAAAUUAGCUCAUUCAUAUGCAUAUCUUCCAUUUGGUGCUGGUUCACGAAAUUGUAUUGGACAAAACUUUGCAAUACUUGAAGCCAAAGUUAUGUUGGCUCUAUUCGUACAACGUUGUGACUUUGAAUUAGUACCAGGUCAAAAUAUUGCACCUGAAAUGAAAGGUAUAACAAUGAAGCCGAAAUAUGGAUUAUUGGCUCGUGUUAAAAGAAGAAGCUGGUAA